AUGGACAUUGACGGCAUCCCUAUUCCAAAAGACUAUAAGUCGCCUCUUCAAGAACGUGGAGAGAGCAAAAAAAGACACCCCAAACAACCGAUUCCUACUCGUAAAGCCUUUAUCGACUUUGUGCACAAGUCACCACCAAGUGCGGACGACACUUAUAUAUACGGAAGAUACAUAUGGAAAAGUGACCACGUUCUUGCUGAUGGUCGUCGUCUAGUCCGAGUCCACAUGACGGACCUGUUUGCUCCUGAAUCGGCAGACAAGCUCAAAGAAAUGUACGAAGAUAAGUACGCCACUCAGCAGUACUCUGUGGACAAAGACCCCUUGACGGGCACGAUUUGGGUCUCCAAUGAUAACAAGCCGGACUUUCCUCUGCGUGGUGAGAAGCUGAAAGUCUUGCGCUUUACGAACCCAAAGGUGUUUCGAGACGAGUGCUGUCAAUUUACUACACGAUUUCAAGAUCUUAGUUUCGAGCGAACGACUGAAACGGGGCCAAUCACUACAAAAGCUGGUAGCACCUCCGAUGGUACGUACACUGAAGCCGAAGAAAAGCCUUCCACCGCCCCGCCUACUCUUGCUUCCAAAGCUGAUUGCACCACCAAUAUGAUUAAUUUCUCGGAACCCGUUCCCUUAUUCGAGGAAUCGGUCGUAAAUUCGGUCGAAAACUUGCAUGAGAAGGUGUUCGACGGUCCUAUGAAGGUUGAACCCGACCUAAAAAUACGUAAGCUGUAG